CGCCUCGCCCUACUUCUUGUCCUCUGUCUUCUUCAGACUCUCAUCACAUUCACAUUUACCAUGGCGCCUCAUCCCCUGGCCAUUCUCUCCGAGGAGGAGACAAACAUUGCCCGCGACGUCGUGGUCGCUGCCCACCCGAAUACAGUCCUUCACUUCCGCGAGAUCUACUUGUCGGAACCCCCCAAGGAGCAACUACAAGAGUUCCUGGCUCUGGAACAUGCGGGACGUCUCAGUCCGACUACUCCUCGUCCCGCUCGUCUGGCCUUGUGUCAGUACGACGUGAUCAGCGGCGACCGCAUUCCCGUCUAUCAAGAGGCGGAGAUCGAUGUGAACACCCGCAAGCGCGUGCAGCACAAGAUUAUCGGCAAGGAGCAUCAUGCUGCCUUGACUCUGGCCGAGUUCGACGUCUUGGUCGAGCGCUGUCACGCCUCCCCAUUGUUCCAGAAAGCAAUGGCCGAUUUCGACCUCCCCAAGGGCUUCGAGGUUGUCAUUGAGCCGUGGCCAUACGGUGGACGAGACUAUUCCGACCCCAACCGGCGGUUCUUCCAGGCCCUGUGCUUUGCCACAAACGCCGCCAAGAACAACGCAGAUGCGAACUUCUACUCUUACCCCCUGCCCAUCAUCCCGGUGAUGGACGCCGUCACCCAGGAAAUCGUCCGCAUUGACCGUCCCGCGACCGGCGGUAAGGGCGAGGGAUUGCACGAGCAGACCUUCUCCCGGGACAUCAUCGGCCAUUGCAAGGACUCCGACUAUGUGCCCGAGCUGCUUCCAAACGGAAGCCGGAAAGACUUGAAGCCCCUGAACGUGGUGCAGCCUGAAGGCCCUUCGUUUAAGAUCACCAACGAAUCGCUCGUGGAAUGGCAGAAGUGGCGCUUCCGUGUCGCCUUCAACCCGCGCGAGGGUGCGACGAUCCACGAUGUCUGGUACGACGGCCGCAGUGUCAUGUACCGAUUGGCUAUCAGUGAGAUGACGGUCCCAUACGCCGAUCCCCGGCCCCCAUACCAUCGUAAGCAGGCUUUCGAUUUCGGUGAUGGUGGCGGCGGGAACAUGGCCAACAACCUGUCGAUUGGCUGCGACUGCCUGGGUGUCAUCAAGUACUUCGAUGCCGUGAUCACCGGUGCGGACGGAAAGGCCCAGAAGCUACCCAACGCCAUCUGCCUCCACGAGCAGGACAACGGCAUUGGCUGGAAGCAUUCCAACUGGCGGACGGGCCGCGCUGUCGUGACACGCCACCGGGAGCUCGUCGUGCAGUUUAUCAUCACCCUCGCCAACUACGAGUACAUUUUCGCCUACAAGUUCGACCAAGCCGGCGGCAUCACGGUCGAGUCGCGGGCCACGGGUAUUCUGAACGUGGUCAACAUUGACCCGGGCAAGACGAGCGAUUACGGAAACGUGGUCAGUGGAGGUGUUCUGGCGCAGAACCAUCAGCACAUUUUCUGUGUCCGUAUGGAUCCGGCCGUGGACGGGGCGAACAACUCCGUUGUCAUCGAGGAGUCCCAUCCCGUGCCCAUGAACGAAGCCACCAACCCCAACGGUAACUUCUACAGGGUUACGAAUCAGACGAUCGAGCGCGCCACGUAUCUGGAUGCCGCGCCGCAGCUGAACCGAGUGGUCAAGAUGGUCAACCCGAACAAGACCAACCCCAUCAGCCAGAAGCCUGUGGCUUAUAAAUUCACCCCUCUGGCCACCCAGACGCUCCUGGCGGACCCGAACUCCAUCCAGGCGCGCCGGGCCCAGUUUGCCCAGCACCAUGUCUGGGUUACCAAGUACCGGGAUGCCGAGCUGUAUGCUGGCGGUCGCUACACACUGCAGAGCCAGGUCGAGGUGGACGGUGUGGCCGACGCCGUUAAGCGAGGAGAGGCCGUCGAUAACACGGAUGUCGUUGUGUGGAGCACGUUCGGUAUCACUCAUAACCCUCGUGUGGAGGACUGGCCCGUUAUGCCAGUCGAGAUCUUCCAGCUCAUGAUCCGCCCAUCAGAUUUCUUCACCGAAAACCCGGCGAUUGAUGUGCCGUCCGGCAAGAAUGCGGCCUCUCGCGUCGUGCAGUCGGAGUGCUGCCGGAACUCGCAUAUUUAA